ACGAGUUCAUAAAGAUGUAGCGGUGUCCACAUCGAGAACUCAAAGAGAAGUUCAUUAUAUAUUAAUGGGGUGUUAUUAAAACUUCCGCAGAAUCCAAAGAGAAGGUAAAGAGUUAGAGAAAUGAGAGACUCCAGCAAGAAAGUAGGCAAACAUUAUGUGCUAGUACAUGGGGCUUGUGGUGGAGCAUGGUGCUGGUACAAGGUUAAGCCACUGCUCGAGGCGGCUGGCCACCUUGUGACGGUGCUCGACAUGGCGGCGUCAGGGGUCAACCUCAAAAAGAUCCAUGAACUUCAAACUCUACGCGAUUACUCUGAGCCGUUGAUUCAGUUGAUGGCAUCUCAACCUGAUGAUCAGAAGGUCAUUCUUGUUGGGCAUAGCUUUGGAGGGCUCAACUUAGCUAUGGUUAUGGAAAUGUUCCCUCACAAAAUUGAAGUUUCUGUUUUUGUUUCGGCUUUCUUGCCUGACACUGACCACACUCCUUCCUAUAUCUUUGAUAAGUUUGUUGCAAGUAUGCCAGAAAACGGCCAACAUUACUGGUUAGACACCGAAACCAAGUGCUUAGGUCACCCAGAGGAGGCCCUCACAACAAUGUCAUUCGGUCCAAAGUUUUUAUCUAAACUUUGUCAUUUGUCUCCUCAUGAGGACGUUGAGCUAGCUAUGACAUUGAAAAGGUCAUCUUCGUUGUUCCUUCAUGAUAUUAGCAAGCCGGAGGCGAAGUUAUCCAAGGAGAGAUAUGGAUCAGUAAGGCGUGUUUUUGUUGUGUGUGAAGAAGAUCAAGGAAUAUCACAAGAUUUCCAACGGUGGAUGAUUGAGAAUGAUGGAGUCAAAGAGGUGAAGGAGCUUAGAGGUUCAGAUCACAUGCCAAUGUUCUGCAUGCCCAAAAAACUCUCUGAUUGUCUGUUGGAGAUUGCUAAGAAUUGAUUAUUGUAUACUUCAUAGAACUUUUUUUUUAUUGUAACGCAAUUGACGAUUACAUUCAUGUCUGUGAACUAGAGAAUCUAAUGUAUUCCUUGGGUCCUUCCGUCUUAAUAAAAAAAUGUUCGUAUUCAUUA